AUGCCGAAACCAGUCGUGGAGACGAUUGAAGAAAACAACGGAAACAGCGGCAACACACCAGUAGCUCAGCGACGCGUGCAAGUGCAACCUGAGAGAAGAUCGCCUGGAGAACCUCACAUGCACUCUGCCUCCAUUCAUUCUCCGACAUUCCUCGCUGUUUCAGAAGCAAAAAUAGGAUUUGAAUGUUUUUUUCUUAUUUUGGAAGAAAGUUUAGUGAUUCGACAACAAGCAGUGCUUCUCUCAUUCCUUGCUCGACUUUUCAAGUAG